AUGAGUUCAAACAAAUACAUCCGCGCAAGCGACUCUCAACUUCCCCAUGUCCCAGACCAGUGUACCUCCGGCACACACUCAUCAGGGUCACACCCUCACCAGUCAAAGGAAACGUUGCAGUUGCAGCGUAGCCGUCAAACAAGUGGGCACCAGAGCCGCGAGACCGACAUCCGUUCUGGGAAGGUCAUCCAGGGACCACCCAAAGCACUUGGACUUCCUCAGGUUGUAGGCUCAGAUAGUUCAACGUCUCACCCGCUCAUUGUUCGAGAAAAAGAGUCUCCCUGGAAUACGUUCAAGCCCGUCUUUAGCUGCAAGCUUGCGGGCACAGUGAUUAUCGCGGCGCAUAAAACCUGUCCGUCCCAGUUAGAAGCGAUUCGGGCAUAUUCUCCGGAGCAAGCCGACGAAAUGCUACGGACCUUUCAAAUAAUUCGACACGAAAACAUCCUCUCUGCUAAAGAGUGUUACAGGGAGGGGAACAGUCUCUUUGUUUUAGUCGAUGACCUUCCUCUCACUCUCGAGCACCUUAUCCUUAAUGGUUUACACUACCUGGUUGAGGCUGGAUUUGAGCACACGUCUUUAACCUCCUCGAAUAUCCUCCUCGGCUCAGAUGGGAUAAUUAAGAUUGCUGCAUUGGAGCACUGCGUUAAGCGGCCCCGGACACAGUCUCAAGCUCAAGUGAUCAAUUCCCUGGCCACCAUCAUGAUGCAGCUCAUGCAGAGCUAUGAAAUGGAUGAUGGAGUAAUUGGAGUUGAUGAUCUAGGACGCUGGCCUCCUGAUUCGGAAGCCUUUGGAUUUCUAGAGGCGAUAUCAUUAGCGCGCUCAGUGGAGGUCCUAAUGAAGCACCCAUUUGUGGCCAAAAAGCACCGACCAGGCGAACUAGUCGCGCUGGCUCGCCUGGCCCCGAUUGCGACAAAGACCUUUUAUUCCUGCAGAGUUUAA